AUGAUGGUGUCGUCGUCGGCUGAUUUAGAGCAAAUGAAAUCCAUCUACGAAAAAAUCUCGUCGAAGAAACACAUGUGCCACAGUCACUAUGUUGAUGCCAGUACGGUAGUGAUCACUGAAAGAGACAUCUGCCAGUUUAUGAAUGACGCCCUUCGUCGUUACUAUACUCAGAACGGGUGGAAUACGGUCUCUCAGAUUGAUGAAAAGAUGGACUACGAAGAAGAAAUGAAUGAAACGAGUGCGAGCGAACUCAUGGAGCAACAAGGACCGGGAUUUCCGAGCUCUUCGGAUAAUCCUGCACCAGAAUGUGUAAUGCUUGAUGAUGCUGAUGACAAAGAAGCCCUGCACCAGUCGUUGAGAGCAAAUGAACCCAUACAUACACUGGCAGACGCUAUCAAACAAGAAACUGAGAAGUACGAUGACAAAGGAUAUGGUGCACUGCGACAGCCUAAAGUGGAAUGCGAGGAGGCUCCUGAACCGCAACCGCUCAGCACUGAAACGGCAUGUCCGAUUGUGAUGGACGUGAAGCCUGAAAAUGACAACCUGUUUGUGAAAAAGGAUAUCGAUAACUCAGAAGUUAUGGUUGUUGACGCCGAAAGCGAACCCAUGCAGUGUUCGCCAGAAGAGUCCUCAGCAGAAUCG